AUGUGGCCCGGGAUUCAGGUCAAGGUUUAUUACAAAGCUCAACGCCUCCAGGGCCCGCGGCGCAACGGUGCAAAGGCCGAGGUUCGUCAAGGUUUUUCCUCCCCUCUCACUGACGGUACGAAAACUUGGCCCGGUGCGGAGAAGGAAGAGGGGGAGGAGGGGGAAGAAGGCAGGGAUUGCUGCUUCUGUGUGGGUUUAUGCGCGUCGUUCAAUGCUGCUCGUCUUCUGUUCCACGGGGUCAUCGUGACGCAAUGGAUUUCCUGCCACACGGGAUUUCAGCCGCAAUUGCUCCUCAAUUCGGAGACCUCGAGGCGAGGGCGAAGCUUGCCAGUUCCCUGCCCGAGACUUUCAUCGCGGAAAAGGAGCAAUUGGGGUAACCAGGGAAGAUGCACUUUUAACGUGUCUUGCGGUACGAAGUACAGUAUGCUCAACGCCUUCGUGCAAAGAUAG